GAGUACUUCCACUUGCAAAUGGUACGCUUGCCUAAUGUCUACAUUUGGCCUAGCAAGUAUUGGUAAUUUAACAGUAAUGGCAUUAGAGAGAUGGAUGCUUAUUACAAAUCCAACACGACCCCUUAGUACCAGAUCAGCAAUGUACUUUGCGAGUUUUGUUUGGGUGUAUGCACUUGUACAGUCGCUACCUCCAUUGUUAGGUUGGGGUAGCUACGGUCCCGAAGGCGGAAAUGUAUCCUGCAGUGUCUCUUGGGAAAUUCAUGAUUCUACAACACAUAAUGAUUCUUAUAUUGCAUUUAUUUUUAUUUUUGGAUUAAUUAUACCAUUAAUUAUUAUAUUGAGUAGUUAUUUUGGUAUUAUUAUCAAAUUAAAACGUGUCAGACAACGAAUAGAAAAAAAACUACUUUAUUUUUCAUUAGGCUCAAGAUCUAAAAGAGAACUGAAAGUUACUAAAAUGAUUGGAAUUAUGAUUACUGCAUUUUUAAUUGCAUGGAUGCCUUAUGCGAUAUUUGCUAUUGCAGCGCAAUAUUUUCAUGUAAGUUUACCAUCGGCUUCAAUUGCAAUUUUGCCAAGUCUCUUGGCAAAAUCAUCAAUAUGUUAUAAUCCAAUAAUUUACGCAUUUUUAUCAUCACAAUUUACUCAAUCAUUCAAGCAUUUUUUUGGUAUUCAAGACAAUGCAAUUUCAAGACAACAACAAGAUCUAAGUCACGGAACUUGGAUCACACUGACAACUAGAAUCGAAAAAGUUUAAAUUCUAUAAAACUAUAAUAUAUUUUUAUUUUUAAUGGUGAU